AUUUUUCGCAGAAAUUUUCAAUACAAAAUAAAAGAAUAGCGACGAAAACUUUUCCUUGGUUGUAUUCUCUUUAAAGUUUAAACCAUGUUGCAGCCAACAAAACCUCCCUUUCCCUCCAAAAACAAAUUUUCUCUGCGGUUCCUUCAUUCUUUUCCAUCUUCCCUUUCAGCUCAACAAACCCAAACCCAUCUUUCCCUUUCACCUCAAAAAAAACAAAACUAUAAAAAAUACUACCUUUUCUCAUUCUUAAACAAAAACCCAACAAUCCAAAGAGUCCCAAAACAAGUCCACUCUCACUUACUCACAACUGCCUCAUUUUCCCACUCUAUUAGACUCUUCAAUGCUCUGCUUAGGUGCUAUUCUGUAAGUGAAAAUCCCAAGGAUGCCAUCUUUCUUUACCAACAAUUCCAAAGUUUUCACCUUCACUUAAAAUUUGACAGCUUUACUUAUGCUUUCCUUAUCAAAGCUUGUGCUUAUCUAAAUGACUUAAUUUUAGGCAGACAGUUUCAUGGGAUGGAAAUAAAAAUGGGUUUUGAGUCUCAUCUCUAUGUGCAAACUGGGUUGGUUAAUAUGUAUGUAGAAAGUGGGGGUUUGUUUGAGAGCAAAAAAGUGUUUGAUGAAAUGCCUGAGAAGAAUCCUGUUACUUGGAAUGUGAUGAUAACUGGCUUGGCUAAGCAAGGGGAGAUUGAGUUUGCGCGUUUUCUGUUUGAAAAGAUGCCGGAUAGGAAUAUUGUUUCAUGGAGUGGGAUGAUUGAUGGGUACACGAGGAUGAACCGGUAUAGGGAGGCUUUAGGUUUGUUUCGAAGGAUGAUUGCGGAUGAUGGGGUUGAACCUUGUGAAAUAACGGUCUUGGCUAUUUUGCCAUCUGUUUGGAAUAUUGGAGAUGUCAAGAUUUGUCAGUUGAUUCAUAGUUAUGGAGAGAAGAGAGGCUUUCUUGUGCCUGAUAUUCGUGUCAUGAAUAUGCUUUUUGAUACAUAUGCAAAAUGCGGUUGCAUAGUAAGUGCAUCAAGGUUGUUUGAAGAGAUUCCGGCUCAUAUGAAAACUUUGGUUUCAUGGACAUCGUUGAUUUCAAGCUUUGCAAUGCAUGGGAUGGGGAAAGAGGCUGUUGAGAGUUUUGAAAGGAUGGAGCAACAAGGUUGGAAGCCAAAUAGGGUCACUUUCGUGAGUGUUUUAAAUGCUUGUAGUCAUGGAUGCCUGGUUGAGGAGGGGCUCAAGUUUUUCGAAAAGAUGGUUAAUGAGUGUCAAAUCGUGCCUGACAUUAAGCAUUAUGGGUGUUUGGUUGACAUGUUAGGGAGGACAGGGAGGUUGGAAGAAGCGGAAAAGAUUGCUCUAGAGAUUCCUUGUGAGAUAGCAAACGAAGUGGUUUGGAGAAUACUGCUGGGUGCCUGUAGCUUUUAUGGUAAUGUUGAGAUGGGUGAGAGGGUGACAACAAAGAUAAUGGAGAUUGAGAAGGGAUAUGGAGGUGACUAUGUUCUGAUGUCGAAUAUCCUUGCUGGUGCUGGAAGGUUUGGAGAUGCUCUGAGCUUGAGAAGAUUGAUGGAUGAGAGGAAUGCCUUCAAAAUUCCUGGCUCUAGUUUGACCUGAUACCUUAGUGGCUUGAAGGAUGAGUGUAGGAUAGACAAAUUUUGCAUAUGAUGGAGUGGCGCCAAGGAAAAUGUUGGAUUUGCAUGUUGCUCAAAUCAUUGAGAAAUUAUUACAGAGAAGCUUCGGGUGUUAAAUUCUGAAAU